CCAACCUUUAUUUUUAUCAACAAUUCAUCAUCAUCACUUCCACUGCAACUUCUUUCAACUCCUUCACCCAACAACAAAACCAGAACACCAACACAAGAAAAAAACAUAGCAAAAAAAAUGUCCGCAAAAUGCAGCCAAAUCCGACACAUCGUUCAGCUCCGCCAGAUGCUGCGGCGCUGGCGCAACAAGGCACGCAUGUCCGCAAACCGCACACCGUCAGAUGUGCCUGCAGGACACGUGGCGGUCUGCGUAGGCACCAACCUCACCAGAUUCGUGGUGCGCGCAACUUACCUGAACCACCCCGUCUUCAAGAAGCUUCUCCUUCAAGCCGAAGAAGAGUACGGUUUCUCCAACCACGGUCCAUUGGUCAUCCCCUGCGACGAAAUGCUCUUCCACGAGGUUCUCCGGUUCAUCUCCUGGUCCGAAUCAGCAAAACCGAACCGGUUCGUAAACCUCGAACUUGACGACUUGAAACAACGUUGCCACAUCAGAAUCAACAACAACCUCGAUUUCUGGCCAGAAUCUAGACCGCUCCUACACGGUCCCAGUGACAAAACCGUGUGGUAACUCGGAAUUUUACUCUGUCGACGACUCCGCUGAGUUUUUCAAAAAAAAAAAACCGGUCUAGAUAAACCUGGGUUUGGUCGAGAUUUGAGUUGGGUGAUGAGAGGCUUUAAUAUAAUUUGUUAUUGUUAUAUUACUGAGUUGAGAUCUCAUUUUCAUAGUGAGAGAGAGUUUGUUUUGAUGUGAGUCGAGUUACACAUAUCGUAAAAUCAGUGUUAGAAGAAUGGUCCGGGAAUCGCCGAUGGAGGAGACGGCACAACCGAGUCGUCCCGGGUUCGGAUCCGAGUUGAGGCUGUGAUUUCAUGGCUCGUUUCAAAGCUGCGAUAUGAGUCUCUAACUGUCAUGGUAACACCCACAUGAUGUAAAAAAAGCACUUAUUAAGUUAUUAUGUUUAUUUAUGUAUUUUAUUCCAUCAAUUGUAGAGAAUUUUCAACUUCAAUUCACUCUUUUUAACUUCACUAAAAGUGUUUUUUUUUUAUUAAUUAUUUUUUUUAAAUAAUUGGAGGAGGGUAUUAAAUAUAGUGUAAAGUUUGUUGGUA